AUAAAGACGUGUAUUUGUUUACAGAGGAUCCACUAACGAUGUCAGCUAGUCUUUCGGGAUUAUGUGGAGAACUUUCCCAUACCAGUUCAUGUUUAUGUGGUUAUGGCAUUUUCAAGGUAUAGUCUAUAUAACAGAAGGUGUAUUUCCCGGAUGUUCAUAUAUCUCAGAAUGGAGCAUAUGCUCGUCGUCAUGUGGAACGGGUAUGCGAAUUAGAGCUUUAAGUUGCGCCAAAAAUAAAGGAACUUGGUACAAAAUGAAGAAAUGCAUCAAUUAUCAUUUUGAUUGUUACGUCAAACCGAGACUAUCCCCAAAGACAACAGCUGAAGAAUUAGAAGAAGAAAGAGUGAAAAGCUCACAGACUUGUAUAGGUUCAAAAUGUCAUGGACAUUGGUCGGCAUGGACAAAAUGUUCUUCAAAAUGUGGUAAUGGACUUCAAACAAGAAUAUGGGUAGACAAUAAGAGAGAAACAGACGCAAAGAAACCCGUGUUUGAUAAGAGAUUUUGUGUACACUGGGACAAAAUGUGCACACCAUCAUUUGUCCCUAAACAUGAUAAUGUUUACUACAAUUCUUCUUGUUUAAUGCGUAAGUUCAUGUUUACGACAUCAGCUGUUCUUGCUUAUUGCGUCAAUUGUUCUUGUUUGCUAAGACGAGAGUGA